AUCACUCCUCCUCACCCAGCCUCAUUUUGCCUUACAUCCCUAAAACCAUCACAGAGCUAGAUAAUGAUAUCCUUACUGCUCUCCCUUCCAUGGAAGAAGUAAGGAACACCAUUUGGCAGUUGGAUGGAGACAGUGCUAGUGGACCCGAUGGCUUCAAUGGGAAUUUUUUCAAAUCUGCCUGGGAGAUUAUAAAGGAAGAUGUUCUUAGAGCGUCACAAGAAUUCUUCUUGGGAUUCCCUAUCCCUAAGGCAUAUGGGAGCACUUUCCUAACCCUUAUCCCCAAGAAAGAUAACCCAAGAUCCUUUGAUGAUUUCAGGCCCAUCUCCCUCUCCACCUUCAUGAGCAAAAUCAACACCAAACUCCUUGCCAAUAGGAUGAAAAACCUUCUGCCCAAAAUCAUCUCGGAGGAACAAUGUGCAUUUCAAAAAGGAAAAUCUUUGGAUGACCAUAUUCUUCUGGCAAAGGAGGCAAUUCACCAUCUUGAUAGAAAGGUUUAUGGGGGAAACAUCAUCAUCAAAAUUGACAUGGCCAAAGCAUUUGACAGGAUGGCAUGGAACUACUUGGAAGCUGUUCUGGAAGGUUUUGGUUUCUCCAAGAAAGCGGUCAAUCUACUAAUGGCCAGCCUCAGAUCAUCCUAUUUCUCCAUCCUUCUUAACGGGGAACCUAAUGAUGACCUUAUGAUCUUCACAAAAGGUGACUCCAGAAACCUCCUAAAACUGAAACAUAUCCUUCGCCUUUACCUGCAAGCAUCAGGGCAAGAGGUGAACUUCUCCAAGAGCAGAGAGGGUGGCUCCAGGUUCUAUAAGGCCAUUGACUCCUUCUUCGGUAAAGUCAAGCUAUCUGGUGCUCAGCAGGUCUCAUUUGUCCAAAUAUCAAAAGGAGAACCCAAUACUAAUUCAGGUUUUAGUCAGGCUGAAGUAACUAUACAGGGAGAUGUUGCUCUUCAUUCUUUGACUGAUACCAAGGAGGCUACUUCUACGAGCUUUGCAAGCAAUCAAGCAUCAGUUGGAAAGGAAGAUGUACAUGUUACAGAUUCUGUUGCUUCAAAAUUGACAGUGGCUGGACACUACGAACAUCUUAAGAAUAAGCCUCCUAGCUUUCAGUUUUAACUAGGAUGUUUUUGGUUCUUAUAGAUGCACCAUGUAUCUUCCCAGCAGAGCAUUUCGGUUUCUGCUUUUCCUCCAAUAAAUCUGUGAACUUGGA